AUGGCAACGACACAAGAGAUCAUGGACGGUCUUCUGAUUUAUAUGGUAGCUUCGAAGUUGGAUCGCCACACUCGAGAGAAAUGGGAAGAGGGUCUGUCGGCAAAUAAGCUGCUGAAGUGGAAAGAUAUGGCUACAUUACUGGAAAAGAAGUGUCGCAUGUUGGAGGAUAUUAAAAACGCUAUGGUAAUCCAGACACCUAGCAAACAGGUCCCUCAAUACAGCCCAAAAUCUUCAACACACUGCUUCGUUUUCGUUUUUUCAAAGUUGCAUUAUGCGGGGACAUCUGCAAAAUGUAUCGAUGUGUCCGUGUCACUAACCCUGAUAACUAUUUGCAGUCUAUCUUAUGGCGUGACAACCCAAAUCAACAAGUCAAGGCUUAUAAGCUCGAUACGGUUACCUACGGCACUAAGCCGGCUGCAUUUCUGGCAAUUCGUGCUAUGCAGUAGCUAUCCUAUGAUCCCGGAGGAGGCAACUCAAAUUCGUGAGCAGGUGAAGGAAUUGCUAUCCAAGGGUAAUUUUCCAAUUCGAAAAUGGUGUUCAAAUGAGGCAGAAGCUUUGAAAGGCGAGCCAGAAGUUGAUCGCGAGAAAAAACUCAGAAUUCAUGAUGGAACUGAUGUCCUUAAAACACUCGGCUUAUAUUGGGAUGCAAAAUCGGAUCACUUGCUUUUCUCAUUGUCUGGAACUAUGUCAGAAAGCGGUUCAACGAAAAGAUCGAUUUUAUCGGCCGUUGCCAAGUUCUACGACCCUCUCGGAUUGAUAGCACCGAUUGUUACCAAGUUCAAAAUAUUUCUGCAAAUUCUUUGGAAAGACAAACUGGCCAAGUAUCACUUUCAUAGACUGGUUGGAAGAUCGCUUUUAACUUUUCAUAAACUUCGUACUCUCGUUUGUGAAGUUUCUGCCAUGCUUAACUCUCGACCACUCUGCCCCAUUUCAGAGAAUCCUAGCGACUUGGAGGUUCUCACGCCUGGACAUUUUCUUAUUGGCACUGCUUUCAACGCCAUAGACGAACCCGACAUCACCCAUCUCGAGUUUGCCAGAUGCAGCAGGCGAUUUGGCACAAGUGGAGCACCGCCCACCUAUCGCUACUCCAGGAACGUGGGAAAUGGCGGUCAGAAAAGGCAAAUUUGGCGCCCGGCAGCAUAGUCAUCAUUAAGGACGACAAUCUUCCAUCACUCCAAUGGCGCAUGGGCAGAGUUGAGAGCAUUGUUCUUGAACCAGAUGGCGUGGCCCGUGUUGCAGUUAUUCGAACCGCUGCAGGCAUCAUCAGAAGAGCUGUUGGCAAGUUGGCCCUUUCUGCCCUUUGAGACCACCUCGUCUAUCAGCGUGACUCUUCCAGCGGGGGGAGCAUGUUCGGAGCAGAACCCCUAACUUGUAAAUUCUAUUCAAAAUUCAAACUCUAACUGCUAAUGUAACGUAACGUAAGGUGAGCGUUAAGUUGUUUACCAACACCCGUCUAAUUGCAAUCGCACCUAACUUUGCUUAUCUUGUUUUCUCUAUCUUUAUUAUCAUUCUUUUUUCGCAACUCUAAACUGAUUCACAUUCACCUUUCGUUCGUUUCGUUAGUUUUGAGAAACUUGCUACUGUCAAUGAGAACAGACGUGUUUUUAUAUCGCUCCGCCGUGUAAUUAAAAAUACAU